GUAAAAUUUAGUUUAAUACUGACUUUGGCGGACUACCAAUAGGUCAUGAAAUUAAACCGGGUGUUAGUUCACCCAAUUUUUCAGAGGUUAAUUUGUAUUUCUAGGAGAAAUAAAGAAAGAGAGCAAGCUGAAGGGGUUGAAGAUGAUAGAGAUCAAGGACAUUUCAUGACCAAGCAAGAGGACAAGAGUAGAAACUCCUUGUACAAACUUAUGGAUUCUGUCUGGGAAGGUAAAUACUGAUUUGAUCGAAAUGUUAAGAUUGUUCAUUCUACUCUUGAAGCCUAUGCUAAUUGUCAUAGCUAUAUACAAACAAGUUCAUGUGAUGCUCUACUUCAAGUCAAAAUCAGUUGCACUUGAAAGAAUUGAAGGAAUAAUUAGAGACAAGUUCUCUAUAGAGGAUGGCAAAUCCCAGACAUCUGAGACUACUACUGCAUCAACUUUAGACAAAGAAAAGCUACAAAAGCUUUCACAAACUAAGUUGAAUAUUGUAGUUGGAAAUCAAAAUUUAUUUUAUAAGAUAGGCCUACUCAUGUCACAAAACAUGAAGAUUACCCUAUACUCUAAGAAUAAAACGUUCUUUGAAAAGAAAUUCAUAACUGAGCUUCAAAGGGAGAAAAAAAUAUCUAAACUAAGCCAUAAGCCAUGCUUCAAGUUCGCCGAUGAUAUGCAUCAACUUCCUUUCGUUGAAGAAUCAGGAGAGACCUCAGUCUCAACAAAUGCAGCUUCCAAUCAGCGUGAAGAACAGAAGCAUGUUCCGCAGACAGUAUCCUAUCGUCCUCCUAUGAGCGAGUGAACAGCUUCAACCGCAGCCUCUGAGUCAGACAUGAAUAUUAAAAUGAAAAGCAUGAGGAACAAAAUUCUAUAUGACAAAGCUUAUAAGAACUCCCUCAUUAAUUUACUGGAGAAACUUCCUAGCUAUUUCAGUAAGCCUGAUGAUAACGAGGCAAUCAAGUACAUUAAUGCGCUUGAUAACCUCGUGCAUCAGCAUCUGAAUAAACUGGAGAAAGCAACUAGAAAGAAGCUGAAGGAAAGCGAGAGAGAAGACUAUUUUAUCUUUGUCAGGAAUUAUCUCUAUGAGAAGGGAAUCAAUUUUGGAAAAAUUUUGAAAGUUUGGGUUACAAGCUAUUGAGAUACGAAAGAGAAGAUGGCGGAAAGCAACAAUGUAACUUUCAAUUUCGAUAAACUCAAAAUCGUUCUUGAUCAGCUCAAGGCCUCAAAAGCUAAAUUUACUUUGAAAGGAUAUGAACUUGAAGCUCCAAUUGCAAUUUAUGGAUCAAUUGCUUACUGAGUGAUAAAAGGUAUGCUGGAAAAUGAUCUAACAAAGACUGAUAAACCUGUCACUACAAAUAGAAAGCUUAUCGACAAUAUCUAUCAUACUCUAAAGAACUAUUAUAACCAUAAAUAACAUCCAGCCAGUUCAAAAAGAGCUGAUCAAAAGCGACAGGAAAAUCAAGUACAUCAUAGCAGAUGUUCUCCGUGAAAGAGGAGUUUGGGAAGAGGUUAAUAAGAAGUUUCAGCUCAAUAUAACAGCUAUUGAAAACCUUCUCAACGAAUUCAAGAAGUAUGAGUUCCCUAUAAUUCUAAGAUAUCUAUGUGAAGACAUCCAGAAGGCAAUCAAGCCUUAAUAAAAUCUCAGCCUUUGUGGUUGAUAAAUUAUUUGGACAUAAAUAGUACUUUUAU